AUGUGCGAUUCUUUGGCCAAAGUGCCGGUGGAAAAUAAAGAAAUGUUCAAUAUCGUCUAUCUUGACAAUCGACGAGACAACGACAGUAGACAACGUAUACUUGCACACUUGCCCCACUUGAAGCGUGCAAUUGUUAUAAACUCAAAUGAUCUAGAAGACAAGGCAACUACUACUACUACUACUACUACAGAUUUGUGUACAAGUUUGUACACUUACGAAUUGACAAACUUUACGUUUGAAAAUUUUGAAAUAUGGUUAAAGGAGCAGCAGACAACAAACUUUGUGCUGAAAUGUGUACCGGCAGAAAUUGCAUUCUCCUGGCUCGAUUAUAGUCGUGAUUUUAUCUACACGUCGGCCGGCCUAAACUUGUUGCGUACUCGCUACUUGCAAUGCAACGAACCAAUACAAUAUGGCUUGUUGCGUAUCGCAAGUCUAUUUGCAAUGCCAAUCAAUUUGAAUGUUGGCAACAAUAAGUAUCAACUGGUAAAAGUGCAACACAUGUUGGAGUGCUACUACAAUUUGCUGUCUAUUGGUAAACUUGCAGUAUCAAGUAUAUUGGCAUACGCAUCAACAAACCCAAAUGUAUUGACAAAUACGGGAGAAGCGUGCCGUUUGGUUGUGUGUAAACCCGAAUACGAUGCUGGUUUUGUUGUGCAAAUGGAACAAAUAAAAACGAUUGUAAGUUUGGGUGUGGGUGUGGGAAUUGGUGCGUCUACAGUGCCUUUGAAUGGUAUACAACAACUGGGAAAAAUACAAUCAGGAUUCAAACAGUUUGUAAAGAGUCUGGAUUCGUGCAACUAUUUGUCAAUACACAAACGUAAACCAAAAGUGGCUGUAUAUGUGCACAUUGAUUGUGAUACUGUAUUGGAGAUUUUCGAAAUGAAGCGACCAACACGCGAUAGAAUUGAAAAUGUAUUCUUUGGUCUUCUAGUUAGCGACGAAUUUAUGCAAUGUGUGAAAUCCAACAGUAUGUGGUACAUGUUUUCGGGACAAUUGCGUGAUGAUGAAUCGCAAAAAACUCUACGAGACUAUGACCAUGAUUUUAUAGAAUAUAACAAACUUAGAGAAAAAUUCAUCUAUUUGAAUCUCUACACAAAUAAAAUGCCAGCAAGAGUACUAAUGUCAAAAAUUGUCGAAUCAAUAUGUUGUAGUGGAAAUCCGUACAUUGUGUGGAUUGAUAAAGUCAACAAAUUCAAUAAUCACGCACAUCGCGGUACAAUUUCCACUUUGAAUUUGUGUGCCGAAAUUGUAAACUAUUGCAAUGCCAAUGAAUCGACAUCAUGCACACUUAUGAGUGUCAAUUUAGCAAAUGACAAAAAGAAUUGGGAAUCAACAUUCAAACGUUGCAUGGACAUUUUGUCGGUGUACUAUAAUAUUAGCGAAUUCAACGACUACAUACGAGCCACUGACCGUUUAGCCUUUAAUCUUGGCUUUGCAGCGACUAUUGCUCUAAACAAUAUGCUCGGCAAUCGCCAAGAUCGAGAAAUUGGUGUAACACCGUUUGGCAUGUACGAUGCAGCGCUAAUCGAACUACGAGACCCGGUGGAUUUGUGUGAAGAAAUGAGCGAAGCCUUGUACAAGGGUUGUGUUGCUGCAAGUUGUCGGUACUCGUCUGAACACCAAGUUUUGUGUAGAAACUAUCUUGGAUCGGCGUUUUCACGCGGUGUACCGCAAUGGGCUCUACGUGGGAUCAUCCAGCCGAACAGCGAUUGGACUGCAUUGUGUGAACGUAUGAAACAGGGUAUGGCCAAUUCCAUGCUAACUGCUCAGGCGCCUACAGCAACCACCAGUCUAUUGAUGGGUGCAUGUGAAUCGAUCACUAUACCGCCGUCCGACACCUAUACACGUGAAAGUGGCAAUGGAAGGAACCGAGUGAUUCCACUUGGAAUUGCUCAACAUAUCUUGCUGAACGCGAAACCAGUUCAAAAUAUACCGAACGAUAUUGGCACCCAACUACAAAUGUAUACAGUGUCGGCGCCCUACAUUGAUCAGUCUCAAUCAACAAUGUUUCACAUAGACAUCAACGAUCCGAAAGCUGUAUUUGAUCUACUCGUUGAAACGUACAAAGCCAACCUGAAAACCGGACUCUAUUAUGUUGUACCAAAAAACACGCGCGACACACUCACCAUUGUUCGAGACUUUACCACCAAUGAACAAAAACCAUCACCACCACCAGGCAUUGAAUGUGAUGCAUGUGUUUCGUAA